UUCAACACAAAGGAUGGGGACACCUAAAGGGAUCCCAUUGUGGAUCCUAUCAAUCACUCUGGGCUCACUGCAUGCUCAAAUCUGGCACGAAGGCAACAUUUUGGAAGAGUCCAGUGGCUACAUUCCUGAUAACAGUGGACAACAUCAGAACACUCCAAGUAAUCAUGGUAACAACACCCUGGAGGAAUCUAGUGGCUACUCUGGUGAUGACUCCCAUGAGCAAAACAAGGUUACUGGACCUCCAAGAAUAUCCAUUAUACCACCUAUCUUUACCACUCCAGUUGUUAAAGCAAUCAACAUGGCUCAUAAUAAUAAAGUCUGCAGCACUUGGGGAAACUUCCACUAUAAGAACUUUGACGGAGAUAUAUUCUACUUCCCGGGGACUUGCAACUAUGUUUUCUCAUCCCACUGCAAAAGUGCAUAUGAAGACUUUAACAUCCAGAUUCGACGAUCAGUUGUUGACAGUGUCCCUGUCAUUUCAAUGAUCACCAUGAAGAUUGAUGGGCUUGAUGUACAGAUAAACAGCAGUGAUGUGAAGAUCAAAGGAGAGAAAGUUUCAUUGCCAUACAGUAGAGGUGGUGUUAAAAUUGAGAAGAAUUCAAUGUAUCUACAAGUGAGCUCAAUACUUGGACUAGUUCUCAUGUAUAAUGAGGAUGAAAGCUUGUUGCUGGAACUUGAUCAGAAGUAUGCAAAUCACACAUGUGGGUUGUGUGGGGACUACAACAGCUUACAAAUCAACAAUGAGUUCAUUUCCAACGAUGUACGAAUCACAGAAACUCAGUUUGGAAACCUACAGAAAAUGGAUGGACCAACAGAGUUCUGUCUGGAUCUUCCAAAUACACCCGAGAGCAAUUGCACAGACCAUAUGGACUUCUGCAAUGGAAUGUUGUUUGGAGCAGCAUUCACAAAUUGCCAUUCUUUGGUGGGUGUUGAAAAAUACAUCGAGGCUUGUGUGAAAGACCUGUGUCUUUGUGAACAAAAUGUGACCAUGCUCUGUUUGUGUGAUACAUUUGCUGAAUACUCAAGACAAUGUGCCCAUGCUGGAGGUCAACCACAGAAUUGGAGAACACCUGAUUUGUGCCCUAAAAUUUGUCCUUUUAACAUGGAGUACAACGAAUGUGGUUCACCUUGUGCUGAUACCUGCUCAAACCCAGACAGGGGUAAUAUUUGUGAAGACCAUUGCUUGGAAGGUUGUUUCUGUCCCCCAGGAACUGUCUUUGAUGACAUCGGCAAAAAAGGCUGCAUUCCCACUGAAAUGUGCCCUUGCACUUUUAAGAAAGAUAUAUAUGCCAGUGGAGACUCUUACUCUACAUCUUGUAGUACCUGCACUUGUUCAGCAGGGAAGUGGUCCUGCAAUAACUUGCCAUGUCCAUCAACCUGCUCCAUUAAAGGUGGAUCUCACAUUACCACUUAUGACCAAACACCCUAUAACAUUUUUGGAGACUGUAACUAUGUGCUGUCUAAGGACUGCAAUGGCCAUGAUUUUACUAUUUUGGCAGAGCUGCUUAAAUGUGGUCUUACAGAUACCGAGACCUGCCUUAAGAGCGUUACUUUAAUGCUUAAUGGAGAAAAAACGAUUGUUGUAAUCAAACCAUGUGGAAGUGUGUAUGUGAACAAUAUCUACACACAACUGCCUUUUUCUGCAGCCAACAUCACCAUCUUCAGACCAACCUCAUUCUACAUUGUCCUUGAGACUACUUUGGAAAUGCAGAUAAUGGUUCAACUUAUUCCUUUAAUGCAGGUCUAUGUGACCCUAGAAUAUUCUUUAAAGACUAAAACAUGCGGUCUCUGUGGAAACUUCAAUGACAAGCAGACUGACGAUUUUCAGACCAUUAAUGGUGUAAUAGAGGGAACUGCAGCAUCCUUUGCAAAUACAUGGAAGACCCAAGCAUCCUGUCUAAACAUCAAGAAUAUUUAUGAAGAUCCAUGUUCUCUCAGUGUAGAAAAUGAGAUCUAUGCCCAGCACUGGUGUGCUCUUCUUGAUGAUCCUGCAGGUCCGUUUGCUGAUUGCCACUUCCAUGUGAAUCCCGAUGUUUACAUUCAUAACUGUGUGUUUGAUACCUGCAAUUGUAAGAAAAGUGAAGACUGUAUGUGUGCUUCCCUCUCCUCCUAUGUCCAUGCAUGCGCUGCCAAAGGAAUCAUACUUACCGGUUGGAGAUCCAAUGUCUGUUCUCAAUACAUGAACACCUGCCCAAAAACCUUAAACUACACCUACUCUGUUACAACCUGCCAACCCACAUGUCGCUCACUCAGUGAACCUGAUGUUACCUGCAAUAUACAAUUUGUUCCUGUGGAUGGUUGUACCUGCACUGAGGGCUACUACAUGGAUGACAAUGGUAAAUGCAUAUCGGCUGCUGCUUGCCCGUGUUACUACCGGGGCUCUGUUGUACCUUCGGGAGAAGUUGUGCAUGACAAUGGAAUUCAGUGCACAUGUACCCAGGGGGCGUUGAGCUGUAUUGGAGCUCCAGGGAAAGAAUGCCCAGAUCAAAUGAUUUAUUUUGACUGCAAAACUGAAUCCUUUGGCACAAGAGGAGCUGAAUGUCAGAAGAGUUGCCAAACACUGGAUAUGGAAUGUUACAGUACCACAUGUGUCUCUGGCUGUGUGUGUCCUGAAGGGUUGGUGUUAGAUAGAAACGGAUAUUGCAUUGCAGAAGAGAAUUGCCCUUGCAUUCACAAUGAUGGCACAUAUCCACCAGGGGAUACAAUCAAAAUAAAAUGCAACAACUGUACUUGCAAAGGCAGGAUGUGGGAAUGUACCAAUGAACCAUGCCUUGGAACUUGCACUGUUUAUGGUGAUGGCCACUAUAUCACUUUUGAUGGAAAACGCUACAGUUUUAAUGGAGAUUGUGAAUAUACACUUGCUGAGGAUCACUGUGGUAAAGGUGGGAACAGUAGCACUUUCCGAGUUAUCACUGAAAACAUUCCAUGUGGAACCACUGGUACAACUUGCUCUAAAGCAAUCAAGGUCUUCCUCCGUAGUUAUGAGAUAACCCUUACCAAUAAGAAAGUUGAAGUUGUUGAACGAGGUUUUGAAGGUAAAGUUCCUUACAAAGUCAGACACAUGGGUAUCUAUCUUGUCAUUGAGGCUGACAAUGGACUUAUCCUAAUGUGGGAUAGAAGGACAAGCAUUUUCAUCAAGCUCAGCAGCAAUUAUGUGGGGACUGUGUGUGGUCUCUGUGGUAAUUAUGAUGGAGAUGGGAACAAUGACUUUACCACCAGGAGUAUGUCUGUCGUUGAAGAUGUAAUUGAGUUUGGCAACAGCUGGAAAUUCUCCCCAACAUGUCCUGAUGCCAAAGUACCCAUAGAUGCAUGCUCAGCUAACCCCUUCAGGAAAUCAUGGGCUCAGAAACAGUGCAGUAUCAUCAACAGUCUAACGUUUUCUGCCUGCCACCCUCAGGUUGACCCAUCAAAGUACUAUGAUGCCUGUGUUACUGACUCAUGUGCUUGUGACACUGGUGGAGACUGUGAGUGUUUCUGUACAGCUGUUGCUGCUUAUGCAAAGGCAUGUGGAGAAUCUGGUGUCUGUAUUUCCUGGAGAACCCCGGAUAUCUGUCCUGUAUUUUGUGAUUACUAUAAUCCAGAAGGAGAAUGUGAUUGGCACUACAAACCAUGCGGGCCUCCAUGCACAAAGACCUACUGUAAUCCAAGUGGGAGAUGCCUUCAUGAGCUCUUGGGCUUAGAAGGCUGUUAUCCCAGUUGUCCAGAAAGUAAACCAUAUUUUAAGGAGGAUGAAAUGAAAUGUGUUGAACAACAUGGCUGCGGUGAUGAUGACGGCAAUUGCUACACAAUUGGGUCUCCAGUACCCACCAAGACCAACUGUCAGUCCUGUUCAUGCACCACGUCUGGUAUUCUCUGCAAGUAUAAUGAGACAGUAUCCAACUACUGCAACAACACCACCAUUCAACUUCACACAUUCCCUACACCUUCCACAAUGACAACAGAAACCACAUGCACUCCACUAGUCUCCAAUGAAUCUUGCAAUUGGUCACAAUGGUUUAAUGUAGACUACCCUGAGUUUACUCGUGAAGGGGAUUUAGAGACAUUUGAAAAAAUAAAGGAGAAAGGAUAUAAUAUAUGUAGUAUAUGUAGUCUUCCAAAAGAUGUAGAAUGCAGAGCUAAAGCAUAUCCCAAUUCAUCCCUGAAUGACCUGAAACAGAAAGUGCAAUGUGAUGCCACAUUUGGACUGUCAUGCUACAAUAAGGAUCAAUUUCCACCUAUUUGUUUGGAUUAUGAGAUAAGAGUACAAUGUUGUAUCUUUGAACCAUGUGUUAGUCUCGCAACAAGUAUUCCUACUACAAAUGAACACUCGACAGUUCUAUCAACUAAAAACAGCAGUACCAUUGAACCUCCUACCAGUAAAGAGACCAGCAGCACUGCCAUAACUGUAACAAAUUUCACCCCAUAUGUUCCAACUAGUGCACCAAGAACAGACAUUAGAACAAACUCAACUGUACCAAUUAUCACAGAAAAGUCAGAGACCACCACCACCGAAUGGGUUGUAAUUAAACACUAUACAAGUACGGCACAAUCUGAGGCUCCCCAGAUCAUGGAAACUGCUAGUGUGAUUUCCCAAAAAAUAACACCAAUUUCAGAAAAAACUCCUUCAAAAAUGAGUUUGCUAAGUACAACUAUCAACGACAGAACAUCAAUCUUCUGUUACUGCCAUGUAAAUGGCUCAUCAUUCUCACCAGGUGAUGUAAUUUACAACAAGACUGAUGAAGCUGGUUGCAAUUUCUAUGCCAUCUGCAAUAAGGAAUGCAAACUUGAUAGGUUUCCAGGGACAUGCAGAGGAUCCACACCUACACCUACAACACCAAAGACAGAGCCAAUAUCUACAACUCCAGAUAAAGGUUGUCCUCCAAGAAAGAUAAAUGAAACUUGGUUCAUCAACAACUGUACAGUAGCCACAUGUCAUGAAAACAACAUAAUUACUAUUGAGUCUGUGUCAUGUCCACCAGUGCAAAAACCAACCUGUGCUAAUGAUUUCCCCCCUGUCCAAGUUUACAGUCCAGAUGGAUGUUGCUAUCAUUAUGAAUGCCGUUGUGUCUGCACUGGUUGGGGUGACCCUCAUUACAUCACUUUUGAUGGAACCUACUACACUUUCCUAGACAACUGCACCUAUGUUCUUGUGCAGCAAAUUAACCCUAGAAUUGACAACUUCAGAGUCCUUAUUGAUAAUUAUUUCUGUGGCACAAAGGAUGGUUUAUCUUGUCCACAGUCUAUCCUGAUUUACUACAAGGAUAAUGAAGUUGUGCUAACCCGUAUUCUGUACAAUGGAGUAAUGACCAACCGGAUAAGAUUCAAUCAGAACUGGGUAACACCUGGAUUCUCCAUGAAUGGUAUUUUUGUAACAAGUGCUGGUAUCAACAUGGUUGUUGACAUUCCAGAAAUUAAUGCUCACAUCUCAUUUAGUGGAAUGAUCUUUGAAAUUAACCUGCCAUUCAGCUUAUUUGGUCACAAUACAGAAGGGCAGUGUGGCACCUGCUCCAAUAAUAGAACGGAAGAUUGCAGACUGCCUAAUGGUAAAAUCAGUUCAGAUUGCUCUCAGAUGGCUUAUCAUUGGAAUGCGACUGACAAUCCAUACUGCAAUUUACCACAUCCUACGCCUUCUUUAUCAACUGUAUCACCUUCACCAACAACAGCAUGUCCACAUUCCAGUGUCUGUGAUGUGAUCCUAAGCAAUAUUUUUGCAGAAUGUCACAAAAUAAUAAACCCAGGUCCCUUUCAUAAAGGUUGUCUCUUUGAUGCCUGUCGUAUUCUCAAUGAUUCUGUGGCAUGCACAAGUAUACAGAUCUAUGCCUCGUUGUGCACUUCCAAUGGAAUUUGUGUAGACUGGAGACGGGAAGCUGGAAACCAUUGUCCAUACAACUGCCCAGCUGGAAAGAUAUAUAAUGCCUGUGGUCCUGCUUAUCCUACAACAUGUCAAAAUGGGAAAAUACCAUUGGUCAGCAAAGGCUUUACUGAAGGUUGUUAUUGUCCUUCUGGAACUAAACUGUUUAACUCUUUCACUGAUGUCUGUGUGGAAAAAUGCUCUUGCGUUGGACCUGAUGGAAUGCCCAAACAGCCUACAGAAACCUGGACAAGCAACUGCCAAAACUGUACCUGUGAGGAGACCUCACUUACCGUACAGUGCAAACCGGUACAAUGUGAAAAAUACGCAAACAUCUCUUGUAAUAAAGAAGGAUUCAUUCUUGUACAGACACCAGACCCAAGUCAGCCAUGUUGCAGUCAAAAUGAAUGCAGCUGUGAUAGAAGUCUUUGUACAAACCAAGUGAUAAACUGCCCUCUUGGAUUUACAAGUGUCCCAGUACUUUUGGAUGGGAAUUGCUGCUUUACAUAUGAGUGCAAGCCUAUGAAUGUCUGUGUAAGUGAGGGAGCCGUACACCAGCCUGGGAAUCCAGUUGCUCAAAAGAGUGGUUCAUGUAAAGAAUGUAUGUGCACAAAUGAAAAAGACACCAAUACCAUGUUAAAUUUGAUCACAUGUAAAUCAAUCUUUUGCAAUAAAGACUGCUCAAAGGGUUCUAAAUAUGAAGAGGUAGAAGGCCAGUGCUGUGGAAAAUGUGUAGAAGUGGCAUGUACAAUAUUCAUGGAUGCGGUUACCACUAUUGUUAUUGAGCCUAAUAAAACCUUUUCCAUCAACAACUGCUCUUAUUAUGAAUGCAAUAAAACCAAUGAGCAGUUUGUCUCCACUAGAAUAAGCAAGAAAUGUUCUGUAAGGAGUCAGGAUGAUUGUAGACAGGGAUAUAGAUUUAAAGAACUUGACGAUCAGUGUUGUGGCACAUGUGUACAGGUGGAUUGUAUAACUAAACUGGAAGACAACUCAUUUAAAAUCUUGAAGCCUGCAGAAACCUGGACAAGCAACUGCCAACAGUGUAUCUGUGAGGAGACCUCACUUACCGUACAGUGCAAACCGGUGCAUUGUCAAAAACAAGCAAACAUCUCUUGUAAUAAAGAAGGAUUCACUCUCGUACAGACACCAGAACCAAAUCAGCCAUGUUGCAGUCAAAAUGAAUGCAGCUGUAAUAGAAGUCUUUGUACAAACCAAGUGAAACACUGUCCUCUUGGAUUUACAAGUGUCCCAGUACUUUUGGAAGGAGAUUGCUGCUUUACAUAUGAGUGCAAGCCUCUGAAUGUCUGUGUAAGUGAGGAAGCCAUAUACCAGCCUGGGAGUCCAGUUGCUCAAAAGAGUGGUUCAUGUAAAGAAUGUAUGUGCACAACGGAAAAGGACACCGAUACCAUGUUAAAUCUGAUCACAUGUAAAUCCAUCUCAUGCAAUAAAGAUUGUUUAAAGGGUUAUAAAUAUGAAGAGGUAGAAGAUCAGUGUUGUGGAAAAUGUGUACAAGUGGCAUGUACAAUAAUCAUGGAUGCAGCUACCACUAUUGUUAUUGAGCCUAAUAAAACCUAUUCAAUUAACAACUGCUCUUAUUAUGAAUGCAACAAAACCAAUGAGCAGUUUGUCUCCACAAGAAUAAACAAGGAAUGUUCUGUAAGGAGUCAGGAUGACUGUAGACAGGGAUAUAGAUUUAAAGAACUUGACGAUCAGUGUUGUGGCACCUGUAUACAGGUGGAUUGUAUAACUAAACUGAAAGACAACUCAUUUAAAGUCUUGAAGCCUGCAGAAACCUGGACAAACAACUGCCAACAGUGUAUUUGUGAGGAGACCUCACUUACCGUACAGUGCAAACCGGUACAAUGUGAAAACCCCUCAAAAAUGUCUUGUGAUAAAGAAGGAUUCAUUCUCGUACAGACACCAGACCCAAAUCAGCCAUGUUGCAGUCAAAAUCAAUGCAGCUGUAAUAAAAGGCUUUGUACAAACCAAGUGAAAAACUGUCCUCUUGGAUUUACAAGUGACCCGGUACUUUUGGAAGGAGAUUGCUGCUUUACAUAUGAGUGCAAGCCUCUGAAUGUCUGUGUAAGUGAGGAAGCCAUGUACCAGCCUGGAAGUCCAGUUGCUCAAAAGAGUGGUUCAUGUAAAGAAUGUAUGUGCACAACGGAAAAGGACACCGAUACCAUGUUAAAUCUGAUCACAUGUAAAUCCAUCUCAUGCAAUAAAGAUUGUUUAAAGGGUUAUAAAUAUGAAGAGGUAGAAGAUCAAUGUUGUGGGAAAUGUGUACAAGUGGCAUGUACAAUAAUCAUGGAUUCAGCUACCACUAUUGUUAUUGAGCCAAAUAAAGCCUAUUCAAUUAACAACUGCUCUUAUUAUGAAUGCAACAAAACCAAUGAGCAGUUUGUCUCCACAAGAAUAAACAAGGAAUGUUCUGUAAGGAGUCAGGAUGACUGUAGACAGGGAUAUAGAUUUAAAGAAAUUGAUGAUCAGUGUUGUGGCACCUGUAUACAGGUGGAUUGUAUAACUAAACUGGAAGACAACUCAUUUAAAGUCUUGAAGCCUGCAGAAACCUGGACAAACAACUGCCAACAGUGUAUCUGUGAGGAGACCUCACUUACCGUACAGUGCAAACCGGUACAAUGUGAAAACCCCACAAACAUCUCUUGUGAUAAGGAAGGAUACAUUCUCAUACAGACAUCAGACCCAAAUCAGCCAUGUUGCAGUCAAAAUCAAUGCAUCUGUAAUAGAAGUCUUUGUACAAACCAAGUGAUAAACUGUCCUCUUGGAUUUACAAGUGACCCAGUACUUUUGGAAGGAGAUUGCUGCUUUAAAUAUGACUGCAAGCCUAUGAAUGUCUGUGUAAGUGAGGAAUCCAUAUACCAGCCUGGGAAUCCAGUUUUUCAAAAGAGUGGUUCAUGUAAAGAAUGUAUGUGCACAACGGAAAAGGACACCGAUACCAUGUUAAAUCUGAUCACAUGUAAAUCCAUCUCUUGCGAUAAAGCGUGCUCAAAGGGUUAUAUAUAUGAAGAGGUAGAAGGACAGUGCUGUGGAAAAUGUGUACAGGUGGCAUGUACAAUAAUCAUGGAUGCAGCUACCACUAUUGUUAUUGAGCCUAGUGAAACCUAUUCAGUGAACAAUUGCUCUUAUUAUGAAUGCAAGAAAACCAAUGAGCAAUUUGUUGCCACAAGAAUAAACAAGGAAUGUUCUGUAAUGAGUCAGGAUGACUGUGGGCAGGGAUAUAGAUUUAAAAAACUUACUAAUCAGUGUUGUGGCACAUGUGAACAGGUGGAUUGUAUAAUUAAACUGGAAAACAAUUCCAUUAACGUCAUGAAGCCUGAUGAAAUAUGGAUCCCACCUAAUGAAGAUUGUAUCUCUUAUGAGUGCCACAAAGUUGAGGACCAGUUUGUCACCGUGACAGUAAAGAAAAACUGUUCUAUUCUGGAGUGUGAUACUGGGUUUGAAUACAAAGUUAAACCUGGAGAAUGUUGUGGAGAGUGUACCAAGAUUGCUUGCACAAUGAAAAUGAAUGAUAACACAACUAUAACGUUACAGAGUGGAGAGAAAUAUAUUCCACAGGAUGAUACAUGCACAACCCACACCUGCACUGACACUUAUGAUGUGAUAACUUUGAAAGAAAUAUGCCCAGACUUCGACCCAACACAGUGUUUGGAGGGAACAAUUAAGGUUUCAGAAAAUGGCUGCUGCAAGACGUGCGACACUGUAGGAUGCCAAGUCCGUAAGCAGUCCACCCAUAUCCAAACCAAGAACUGCAGCUCAAAUCAGAUUGUGGAACUCACUUACUGUGAGGGGAGAUGCAACACGACAUCAAUUUACUCGGCUGAUGCAAAUGCAAUGGAGCACAAAUGUAGCUGUUGCCAGGAGACAAAGACCAGUGAACGACAUGUAAGCCUGACAUGUUCUGAUGGAACCAGCUCACUUUACUCCUACCUGUAUGUGGAAAAGUGUGGCUGCACCAGUACUCAAUGUGGAGAUGGUUCAAAUACUUUGAAGACCAGCAUUGUAAAUUAGAUGACCAGGUCACCAGUGCGACUUAAUAGAACCAAUAACAGCAGAAAAAGUCAGUAUAAUAGCGAUUCAAGACCAGUAAAAUAACAAUUAAUGGGAAAUAUAAGUAACACAUCUAAAUAAGAAUUAAUACAACAUUUUUCAUGCUUUUAUGGUUCAAAAAUAUAUGGUUCUCAGAUGUUGACCUAGCCAUGUACUAAUUUUCAAUAUGCCCUGUUUUAUUUUAAUUUGUCGUUUGCAAAUUACAUUUUAUGAAUUCACCUGUCAAUGUAGUGUUGGUAAUUACCCAGUCAAAAAGGAACUUUGGAACUAUUGACAUCUUCUAGUUACUCCUUCAGUCAAUACAUGAAGGAUUCAUAAUUUUUCAUCUUUAUUUUAAUCAUAUUCCAAAAAACAAAUGCACAUAUUGACUUUUUUUCUUCCGCAAGAUUACAGUUUAACUAUUUGACUGUUGGAAAGUUAUGAUUACUUUCUUGUGCUUUAUAUAUAUGAAUAAUAUGCAUUUAAAUCUA